GCUCUUAAAUGCUUUUGGAUUCACCUCACGUCUCUCUCUCUCUCUCUCUCUCUCUUUCUCUCUCUCUCUCUCCCCUGGCAGUGUGGACAAGCUACUCUAUUCCUCUCUCUCAUUCUCUGGACAGCCAGAACACACUUUCUCAGAUAAUGGAGAGCAGUUCACAGCCCUCAGUCAAUGCCAGUGAUCAUGUCAACGGUGUCGAAGAGCAGGACCCAAUGGAGGCCUUUAGCAGACAGCUGGAGGACAUCAUCAGCACAUACGGCUCAGCGUCCAGCCUGAUGGAGGAACAGAUCUCUGUCUUGGAGAAGGAGGACGAGAAGCCGGAGGAAGAGGCUGCAGCCGAGGUUGUGGUGGCCAGUGCAGAGGGCGGGAAGGAGUCCACGGCUGAGAAGCUUCUCAAAGGACUCGGUAAGGAUGCUUCACUCCUGCUGCAAACCCUAAAUGACCUCAGCUCACCAGAGGAGAGAGUGGAGACCGUGCUGAAUAAAUAUGCAGCGCUGUUGCAGCAGCACAGACAGGAGCAGAGACAGCUCCAUCUGCUCCAGCACAGACAGUGUCUCCUGGUGAAACAGAGGGAACAGCUCCUUCUCCAGCACAGCCAUGCCAUCCUGGCCCGCAGCAAGCUGGAGGACCUUUGUCGUGAGCUCCAGAGGCACCACAGGACCCUGAAGGAGGACAUGCUGCAGAGGUGUCGGGAAGAGGAGACAAAGCGCAUGGAGGUCACCACCCACUUCCAGACCACGCUGGUGGACAUUCAGGCCCAGAUCGACUGCCAGAGCCAACGCAACACCAGCCUGUGCCAGGAGAACAGCCAGCUAGCCGAGAAACUGAAGUCCAUCAUCCAGCAGUAUGAGCAGAGAGAGGAGAGUUUAGAGAAGAUGUUCAAACAAAGAGACCUGCAGCAGAAGCUGUCGGACACCAAGCUGGAGGAGGCCCACCUGAGGCUAAAAGAGGCAGAGGAGAAGCACGCCAGGGAGAAGGAAUACUUACUUAAAGAAGCAAUUGAAAAAACAAAGGCAUGCUUCACAAUGAAGGAGCAGGAAUUACAGAUGAAAAAGCAGCUUGUUCUGUACUCUGAAAAGUUUGAUGAGUUCCAGGCUACACUGGCCAAAAGCAAUGACGUCUAUGCUACUUUCAAACAAGAGAUGGAUAGGAUGAACAAGAAGAUGAAAAAACUAGAGGUGGAGUCAAAUACAUGGAAGAUACGGUUCGAAAACUGCAACAAAACCCUCACUGACAUGAUUGAGGAGAGAUCUGAAAAGAGCAAAGAGCUGGAGCUCUUCACCAUGAAGAUCGGAAAGCUGGAGACAUUGUGCCGGGCUCUUCAGGAGGAGAGAAAAGUCCUGUAUAGCAAGAUCAAAGAGAUCCGUUUGCAGGGGCUCGCGGCGUGUGUGCCUGUGAAGGACCAACUCGAAGAAAAGCUCCCUGAGCCCAGCCAGCCAGCAGAGGCAGAAGUGACAGCCAACCCUGCACUCACCACCGAGAUGGAGAAACUCUGGAAGGAGCAGGAGCGUCUGCAGAAGUUCGCUGCCUCCCUGAUGGCCUCCAGCACUGACAAGGUGGAGGAAUUAGAAAAUCAGGGAUCGUUCGAGGCAACACCUGUGGACACCAUAGGAAGCAAUCCACCAGAGGGCAAGCUAGAAUCCACCGGAGAGGAACCCUCCUGUUUGGAGGAUGGAAAUCACCAGGUUGUCAGUGAAAAGGCAUGUGAACCACUGCCCACAAUCUCAGAGCCAAUCAAAACUGAGGCAAUCCAAUCAGAGGCCAAGCAAAAGCACAUUAAACAAGACUCCUGUGAAAAGAUCACAAAACCAGAGUCUCCCAAAGAAGAAGCAACCAAAGAAAAAGUUGAGCCAGUCAAGCAAGACACAUGCGAACAAAGAUCCAACAUGCCAGAGCAUACUCAAAAAAAAGAGGAAAGACCCAAAAAGGUGAAAGCAGAACAAGCUCAGACAGAGUCCCCCAGUGCAGAGGUCACCACAGAAGAGCCCCACAUGGUGCAAGAGUCCGAAGUCCAGACAGAAGCUUUACACUCAGCAGUGCCCACCACAGAAGAAGUUAUCAAAGCAGAAAUCAGCCCAGCAGAACCCCACAAAGUAAAGUCUCCUGGUGCUGACCCAGGAAUUUCACCGACGUCUGAAGAAAAGCCUGUCGAAGCAGGAGCUAGUGCAUCAGAGGCAGCCAUGCUCACAAUCAGCCCAGCAGAACCUUACAAAGUAAAGUCUCCUGGUGCUGACCCAGGAACUUCACCGGCGUCUGAAGAAAAGCCUGUCGAAGCAGGAGCUAGUGCAUCAGAGGCAGCAGGAGCUAGUGCAUCAGAGGCAGCAGGAGCUAGUGCAUCUGAGGCAGCAGGAGCUAGUGCAGCAGAGGCAGCAGGAGCUAGUGCAGCAGAGGCAGCAGGAGCUAGUGCAGCAGAGGCAGCAGGAGCUAGUGCAUCUGAGGCAGCAGGAGCUAGUGCAUCAGAGGCAGCAGGAGCUAGUGCAUCUGAGGCAGCAGGAGCUAGUGCAGCAGAGGCAGCAGGAGCUAGUGCAGCAGAGGCAGCAGGAGCUAGUGCAGCAGAGGCAGCAGGAGCUAGUGCAGCAGAGGCAGCAGGAGCUAGUGCAGCAGAGGCAGCAGGAGCUAGUGCAGCAGAGGCAGCAGGAGCUAGUGCAGCAGAGGCAGCCACACUCGCAGAGCGCCAGUCCAAGCCAGCAAAACCACAAACUUCCAAUUCCCAAGAACCCAAGCCAAAGGCCAGUAAACCCCAGCCCAAAAAACCAGGCCCCUCUAAGAAGAAGGGUGCAGUGAAAAGUGGAAAGAAAAGUUGAGUAAAUAGACAAAUCAUAGAGUGUGCAGACACUGUUGCAUUCAGAACAUUCUCUGCUCUGAGUUUGUGUGUAGUGGUGUACGUGAAUGAGUGCAGUGCCGUGUAAGAUUUAGAAUGAAGAUAGGAGGAACCUACUUGUUCCUUUACAUUUAAGAAAUGCCUCCCGGUAAGCCUUAUAUUCUGUGUGAAAAUCAAACUUUUCUAUCUUGUAAUAUUUUUCUCUACUAAUAAAUACAUAUUCUUUUUUGUUGGUAACCCUCAAAA